AUGCAAAGCUUCAGUUUAUUUGUCUUAUUCGCAGUGUUGUUGAUCAACACUCAAGUCACUUAUGCGGCAACAAAGACUCCUCAACUUCAACCAAAAUCAGUUUCGUGUCCCGCUGCUAAUGGUCCUACAGACCGAAAAGAUGCUUAUUGUGUCAGAGCAUUUACCGCUCAAGAAGCCGCUGACCCUGUGAAUAAAGGCAAAACCAUGUUUAAGCGCUUUGUCGAACAAGUUGGCGGUAAAUUUACCUGCCAGGAUGUGGAUUUAAAGAAGGCACCUGCCGACGCUGGCUAUUGUUGCAACGCUCCGGGUAAAGUUAAUGAGGUUUCAUCAAGCCCCCAAAAAAUGUGGGAUUCAUGCACCCAAGUGCAAUUCCUCAAGAAAUAA